GGGGAAGGUGCUGAUUUCAGCCCUGUAGCGUCAGGAUUGCGUCAAUUUGGGUUUCAACCACGUCUUCAGUCUCGGAGCCGAGCUACUCAGAAGAACCAAAACAGGAAGGGGUUGGAAAUCACUGUGAAGAGGGAAGGUCUAAAAGCUCCCUCCCCUCCCCCUUCACAGCCUCCUCCUCCUAAACCUUCCCGAUCUUUCAUGUUUGUGAUUUCAUCAGGCUGGAAAAAAUAGGGCUCCGCUGGGUUUGUGCAAGCUAAGAGCAGCGCUAAGGAGAGGAAGUGCUUUUCAGAACCUUGGACAGAGCACGCAGCAAAAAUGGCUCCGAUUUCAGCGAGCAGAGGAGAAUUUGAUGAAAUUCCUACGGUGGUUGGGAUCUUUAGUGCUUUUGGCCUUGUCUUCACAGUCUCCCUCUUUGCUUGGAUCUGCUGCCAGCGUAAAUCUUCCAAAUCCAACAAGACCCCUCCCUACAAAUUUGUCCAUGUGCUGAAGGGGGUUGACAUUUAUCCCGAGAACCUUAACAGUAAGAAGAAAUUUGGAGCAGAUGACAAAAGUGAAGCAAAAAGCAAAUCAAUGAUGCCAAAGAAUUCUCUCCACCUCGACCUGGAAAAGAGAGAUUUGAAUGGCAACUUCCCCAAAACAACCCCCAAAAUCCAGAGCUCUCCAGAUCUUGAGAAAUUGACUCCAAAGCACUUUGUAGAAAGAGAGAAAGAUUCAAUAUCCCCCGAGAGCUUAAAGUCCAACACUUCACUGUCUUCUGAAGAGAAACAAGACAAGCUAGGGACUCUCUUUUUCUCCUUAGAGUACAACUUUGAGAAGAAGGCAUUUGUGGUGAACAUCAAAGAAGCACGUGGAUUGCCAGCAAUGGAUGAACAGUCAAUGACUUCUGAUCCCUACAUCAAAAUGACAAUCUUACCUGAGAAGAAGCACAAGGUGAAAACCAGAGUGCUGAGAAAAACCUUAGAUCCAGCUUUUGAUGAAACCUUUACAUUUUAUGGGAUCCCCUAUAGCCAAGUCCAAGAUUUAAUCCUUCACUUUAUGAUCUUGAGCUUUGACAGGUUUUCCAGAGAUGACAUCAUUGGAGAAGUCCUCAUUCCACUUGACGGAAUUGAAUUGUCUGAGGGAAGGAUGCUAAUGAACAGGGAGAUCAUCAAAAGAAAUGUUAGGAAGUCAUCUGGGCGUGGAGAAUUACUGAUCUCUCUUUGCUACCAGUCUACAACAAACACUCUCACCGUGGUUGUUUUAAAAGCCAGGCACCUACCCAAAGCUGAUGUUUCAGGAUUAUCAGAUCCUUAUGUCAAAGUGAACCUCUACCAUGCUAAGAAGAGAAUCUCUAAAAAGAAAACCCAUGUGAAGAAAUGUACCCCCAAUGCAGUAUUCAAUGAAUUGUUUGUCUUUGACAUUCCUUGUGAGGGCCUUGAAGAUAUCAGCAUUGAAUUUUUGGUUUUGGAUUCAGAUAGAGGAUCCAGGAAUGAGAUUAUUGGCCGGUUAACCCUGGGAGCUUCAGCGGAAGGAACAAGUGGAGAGCACUGGAAGGAAAUUUGUGAAUAUCCUAGGAGACAAAUUGCCAAGUGGCAUAUGCUGUGUGAUGGUUAGCAGCCUAGAAAUGGGUCGGAACUUAACAAAUAUUUCCAUAGGCAAGGAGCAAUUUUCUUUCUGUAUGAUGCAUAAUUACAGGCUUGUAACAACAAGACACCUUUUUGUUAAAACUGGAAUGAACUAUCAGAACAGAAGGCAACUAAAUUUUCACAUUAAACAAAGGUCUUUCUAAUCCAUAGAAACUUGACAUAAUUUCAUAUGAUAUUCAUGUUCUGCUGGAGUUUACAUAGUAAUAGACUUGUGAAGCAGUGCAAACUUCAAUAAGAGCAGUCUAUCUGUUAUGAAUAAAUCACUGGAAACUGUAGAUUACUACUCCAUGCAGAAGAUGAUAACCUCAUUAAUAUAUAUUGCUAGAUCUAGGGAAAGCCUUUUUUUUAAGUCUAAAAAUUGGGACUGUGUGAGGGGCAGGAAGAGGAUUUUAGUUGGUUUACCAUUGUAUCUGAAACCUUCUCAUAUGGAAAUUCAACGAAUUUUCGUAAGUAUAAGGUACUUAUACUUUGAUUAACCCAAAUACAAGACAUUUUCAACAACUUGCUUUGCAUAUCACAUCAGGUGCAAAUAGUUGUUAUGUGUGUGAAAUAUUGUAUAGUCUUUUACUUUGGGGUUUUUAUUGUUAUUGUUAUUAUUAUUAUUACAAUUGAUGAAAUAAGUAUGUUUUAAAAGUAAUGAACAAAUUAAAACUAAUAGUUUUAUAAAAAGGGCUCAGAUCUAGCUGAGUGCAUGUGUUAGGAUUUGCGUUUUAAGUAUGACCUGCAAUUCCUCCCCUCUCCCCGCCUCACUCCACGCUCAGGUCACACAUUGAGCAUUUCUAACAAAGGUAAAACAUUUUUACCAAGGCAAUGAAAUGUGAAGAAUAUUACAAUGAAUGAUCUUUCACUUGUUAUAUUUUAAAAAAGGUUGAAAAUAUCUGAAAUAAACUUGUCUACCUUUUUUUUCUAUUUGCUUCACUAAAAUAAAAUAAAAAAAAAAUAAAAUAAAAAUAAAACACAAAUUGUAUUAUAUGGCAGAAAUCAAAGUCCCAGCCCAUUAAAACAUAUAUGUGGGUUUAACUUUCUGCACUGUGCAUAGUCUUACUGAAAUCAGUAAGACUACUUACAGUGUAUAAAAUGAAACAGGUAUUUACAGGAUUAAGGCCCAAACUAGCAUUAUAACACAUGCUAAAUCAUAUUAGAUGAACAAUUUUAAAGUAGCACUUCAUUUCAAUCAUCUUCAUGUGUCCAUGGCUGAUUGUAUUAAAAAAUAGGGAGGAGGAGAGGGAAGUAACGUGAUUUCACUAUAGUAUGCAACAUGUAUGUAUCAAGUGAUUUAAAUUGUGGUCACAAAGCCAGAUUGGGGAACUAAGUGUAACACAAAGUAAACAAGUAUAGAAAUAAAACAUUUGAGCCCUGUGAAUUUUAUUUAUGUUUACACUGGGUACACUGAUUUCUCAUACAGUGUUGUCUGCAAAUAUUUGUCCUAUGUUCCUUUUGAAUGACAAGCUUUGUAAGGAAUAAUAUUUUGUAAAGAAUUGUUAGUGGUGGAAAUAAGGAGGAUUAAAAAUGCAGGGUCAGUUUCUGAUACCUUUGCUCAUACUGAGUACCUCCUUCCUUCACAAGUAAUCCCACUGAAAUGAAUGAGACUGCUUGUGAAUUACGGUAUUACUCAGUGUGAAUAAGGGUGGCAGAAUAGGUCCGAUGAUGAAAACAUUUUAACAAUUGAUAUUGUAUUAGACUCUCAAUGAAGGCCAAAUCCUUGAAGCCCAUUGGAGUUUUGUUGUUGGCUUCACUGGGACCAUAAUUUGACCAUAUAAAGACAAGUGGAGGAGGCUGGAAUGUUAAAUAUGCAAGAAAGAAAGAAAUAGUACUGAAGAAUUCUAUUUAGGUUCUUUCAUGUUCUGUGUCAGUACUUUAUCCAGCUUUGAGAACGUGUUUGAUAUCACAAUGUAUAUAAAGUUCUAUAAAAAUGCAUUUUCAAAACAACUUAUAUAUGCUUUUUAUGACAACACUUAGUGUAAAAAAAUUGCUCAUUGUUUGUACAGAAAAAUAGAAAGUUCUUUUUGUUUGUUUUGUUUAGACAUUGAUUAUCUACUUCAGGGCUAAAGUUUGCUAACCUUAUGCAAACAGGGCCUGAGCCAAAGCCCAGUUAAGUCAAAAGAAAAGAUCCCAUUGAGUUAGUGGACUUUGGAUCAGGACCAUACAGUAGUAUCUGAAUCAUGAAUCGUCCCAUCAAUGGGACUGUUUAUGGUAAAUCACUACUCAGUAUAAUUAAAGGUGAUAGAAUCUAGCCCAAAGAUAGUAGCAUUAUAGAGCCAGGCUGCAAUAUCCUUACUAAUGUCAAAAAAGAAUGUUACACAAGUAAUUCCACUGAAGUCAAUGGGUUGUUAUGUAAUAUAAGGUACAAUUAAAACAAGGAUAUAGUUAUUACAAUCUGGCUCACAGGUAGCGCAUCAUCUCUGUUAAUGUGAUCAAAUGAUGAGAUUUAGCAUACAUUCCUAGUGGAUAUAAAGCCUUUCAUUCAGUAAAAUAAAAUUUAAAAAAAAGUCUUUUUUAAAAAAAAAAAAAUCAAGCAUGGGCUGUGGCCAUCUUUCAUUUUUCCAUCCAAUGUGAUGUUGUCAGGAGGGUGUUUUAAAGUUUCUAUAGCAGCCUACAGGUUAAUAUUUCUACCAGAUAAAUGACAGCUGUUGCGGGGGAGGGAAGAUAGGGAGGUGGGAAGCAAAGACCUUUUUAUUACACUGGAAAAAUUGUAAAUAGGAUUUUUGUUUUUAAUUUAAAGCAAUGAGUAGCUUGGAAAGUUGAGUUAAAAUGACUUGUGACCCAUCGUAAACCAGACAGGGCAGGAAUAAAAGUAGUCCUGCCUGGAAAUGAGAAUUUUUUCCAUUUUAUAAAGUAUUCAAUACUCAGUGUGAAUAUCUUGAACUCUGUUAAGGAUACUGUACUGUAUUAAACAUGCAAAAUAAUGUUUGUCUAAGUAGCUUACUGAAAAAAAAUCUGAAUGGGAGGCUAUCCAUGUCUGAAGAUCUGUUGUAACUAAAUAACUGAUUUCUUAUGCUGUUGUAACUUGAUAGAAGUUAUUUGGGAGGAAGCAUGGUGUAUGAGGUUUUGUAAGUUUUUUGUGCCAGCUCUGUAUGUUGUGCCAUGUAUGUAAGACAAGAAUAAACUGCUGCUUUCAUUCA